GCUUGAUGGUCCUGCAGAGGGACACUGCCGGGCUCCGAGCCUGAGCCAGCUGCGCGCAGAGCCAGAGCCACCCCUCCUCCGCACUUGGCUCCGACCUCCGCAACAGUCCUUAAAACCAUCACCCUAGAUGCUGUGUGGACAGUAGAAUACUAGUCACAGUGCGGAUGCUGGGGAGCGAGUCAUGAGGCGGACGCAGAAAUCCAGGAGGAAGAUGAUGAAGGCCUGGCUCAGUGUGGCAGCACUGGAAAUAGAAGCUUUUGAGGUUCUCAUAUAUAUUGGAGGGUAUCCUCAGAUGACCACAAAAAGGGGAAACGAGGAUGAUGAUGGCUCACCAGUGUGCUUCGUGGAUCUUCGUUAAUGAGAGGACAUUUAUUACCGGAGAACAACUCAAUUCUUUAUUGAAGACCUAUAACAUUUUUUAUGGGAACCAGAAAAAUCUGCAUAUUGUAUAUGGACAGACAAAAGAUGGAGAACCAAUCGUUGAAGGAAUGUUGGACAUUUCCUGGGGAGUAAAACGGCCUAUACAACUGAAAAUCCAAGAUGAGAAGCAAAUCCCUUCUUUUACUAAAGUGAAGUCGCCCGAUGUGUUUUCCGGAAGGGGAAUGACACGCUGGGGGGAAUUUGAUGAUCUUUACCACAUUAGUCAUCUGGACAGGACCCAGAUUCCAGCAUCUGAAGCAACAAAUUCCCAAGAAGAUUAUUUAUCUUAUCACAGUAGCACUCUGAAGCCUUACGCAGGAGAAGAGGCAGAAUCCCCGUUGCUCUAUCGAACCAUGAGUGAAGCUACGCUGGUGAGAAAAAGGAUGAAGCCUCCAGCGAUGGACCGAAAAGAGAGACAGAAGCACAGGGUCUCCAUUAACGGGCACUUCUACAACCAUGAAACAUCGAUUUUCACUCCAGCCUUUGGAUCAGAAACUAAGGUCAGAAUAAACAGUAAUAUGAGGACUGAAGAUGUAAUAGAGCAACUUCUCCAAAAAUUUAAGAUCGAAAAUAGUGCCCAAGAUUUCGCACUUUACAUUGUUUUCGCAACAGGAGAGCGGAGACGGCUAAAGAAAACAGAUGUCCCGCUACUGCACAGGCUCCUGCAGGGACCUUCCAAAGAGAAUGCUCGCAUUUUCCUCAUGGAUAAAGAUACAGAAGAAAUUAGCAGUGAAGUGGCUCAGUACAUUCACUUUCAUUUUUCUCUCCUGGAAUCCAUCCUUCAAAGACUAAAUGAAGAAGAGAAGAGAGCGAUCCAAAGAACAAUAACCAAAUUCAGUACAGAAAAGGCUGCUAUACUGAAAUGUCUUCAAAGUAAACGGGUAGUAAAAACGGAGACAACGGUUUAGCAGUACAAGCUACAAUUGCCGAAACACUUCAGCUGAAUCAGGGGGAUAUUACUAUUUGAUGAAUGCAUACAUUCGACCCUUGCAUUCAUUCAAAUACAUAUGAACUUGGAUCUGUAGGAAAUUGAAUGUCGAAAAAGCUUGUCUCCCUUUGAAGCGAUGAGGUUAAUGAGGGUUCACAGUUGCACUGAAAGGGUCUUGAAUUUAGUUUCAGUAACUGAAACAGGCUUGGAUACUGUGUAUUCCAAAUACUUUAAUAGUAAAACACACCAAUGAACUCAAAUCUAAAUGGUGUUUUCAGAUGUCAUGUCACUUGAACUUCUUUUAGCUCAAAGUAUUGAGAGAACUCGAGCCUCAUCACCGGAUUCUCAGAAAUGAUUCAGAAGUAUAAGUUACCAGCUCUCGAAACACAAAAGGAGCACAUUUUCACCCAAUCAAGGAAUUGGAGGGAGACAGUGUUUCGCAGCUCCCUGAAAACUCGAGCAUCUUUACAAAAUCCAGGACUGUCUUUAUAUGGUCAGUGGCUUUGGCUAUUGGUAACAUCAGAGUUAGCUGUCCUUUGGGAUGGAAACAAUUAUGGGCCCUGUUAAGAAAUCCAAAUUGCAAUUUUCUCAACCUGAGCCCUUUUAGUCCCCGCUCUGUUCUAUUCAUAACUUUCCAAAGUAUUCUUAAGCAUUUUUAAAGUCAGUUGAAUUAGUUUUCUUUAUUUUUCCAAACAAGUUUACCACAGAGACUUAAUAUAUCUAAUCUGCUAGAACAAGAUUUGGCCCACAGUAACCAUUUGUUGCCGAAUGAAAAGAUCAGAUAAUGCAAAAUUUGUAGCGGAAGGUAGGCGAGGAAUCUGGAGCUCUGUUCUUUUCCUUCAAGACAACUCAUUCCAGGAGGUAACUCUCAAGGUACCUCAAAGUCUGCUAAAACCAAUUUGAAAACAAACACAGAGAAUGCCACAAGUA